GAAAAUUUUAAUCCGAGAUUUUAUAUUGAAAUAAUCAGUUCAAAAAUCUAUUUCAGUUCAUUGUUUCUGUAAUAACUUAACUUUUAGAAUCAUAUGAUCACAAAGUUUAAAACUACUUAUCCAAGAAGGCACGCUGUUGGGCCAAGCAUGGCUACUAAUAGAGAAGCCACUAUAGUCAGGCUUGCACCAGCCCCUACAACAUUGUUUGCCCACUUCCUCAAAUAAUAGCUAACGUGGGGUUGCUUCUGCAUGGAAGUAAGUUAACAGAAGUCAAACUCCUCUAAACAAUGGGGGAGCCAGGAUUUUAACAAAGGGGGUUCAAAAAUAUAAAGAAGCAGACAAACGAAGAAGCCAAGGGGGUUCAAUGUCUACUAUAUAUACAUAAAAAAUAAUUUUCACCUUGUAUAUACAGUGUAAUUUUUUGCCGAAGGGGGUUCGUUGGCUCUUACUAGCUCCGCCACUGCCUCUAAAAAUCAAAUGCCUCUAAUAAUAGCCAACGUGGGGUUGCUUCUGCAUGGAAGUAAGUUAAUCAGAAAAAAAUCAAACUCCUGAAUUAUAAAGCUGCCUCCUAAUGGUUCAUAUUAUUUGCUCAUCCUUCAAAAGAGGGAAAAUAAUAGAUAUGGAGAAAAGCAAGUUUCUAAUAAGUCUUUUUCUUAUACUUUUGUUGCCAUAUGUAAAUGCUAACUUGUCAGGGCCUAAAGCUAAGAAGCACUUUGUGCUCGUUCAUACGGCAGGACAUGGAGCCUGGUCCUGGUAUAAGAUUAUAGCAUUGAUGAGAUCUUCAGGGCAUAAUGUCACAGCUCUUGACUUGGGCGCUUCAGGGAUCAAUCCAAAGCAGGCCCUCGAAGUCCGACAUAUAUCAGAUUUCUUUAGUCCGCUAAUGGAGUUCAUGGCUUCUCUUCCUGCGCAUGAAAAAGUGGUUCUUGUAGGCCAUAGUAUUGGUGGACUCGCCAUUGCUAAAGCCAUGGAAACCUUCCCAGAAAAGAUUGCAGUUGCUGUAUUUGUCGCUGCUCUAAUGCCUGGUCCAAAUCUCAAUGCAACCACACUUUAUUUCGAGACAUUCAAUGCAGUAAUACCUCAACUUGAUAAUCGUGUUACAUACGAUGAUGGACCUACAAAUCCUCCAACCACCCUCAUCCUCGGUCCGAAGUACUUGGCAACUAACUUUUACCCGAGGAGCCCAAUUCAGGAUUUUGCGCUGGCCACUAGAGUAGCAAGGCCAAUACCUAUCCGUACGAACGAUGUUUCUAAGGAGACAGUUCUUUCAAGCAAGAGGUAUGGAUCAGUUAGGAGAGUGUUCAUUGUGGUUGUUGAAGAUAAAGUUCUAAAGAAGGAAUUUCAACAGUUGAUGAUUGAAAAGAAUCCCCCUGAUGAAGUGAAAGAGAUCCAGGGCUCUGACCAUAUGGGCAUGAUGUCUAAACCCCAUCAACUUUUUACUCUUCUUAUAAGCAUGGCCAACAAAUACAGCUAAUACUAGCUGUUAAUUAAGAAGAAUAAGAGGGGCAGGUGUAAGGCUGAGAAUAAAACUUCAGUCAAUUCACAUAUCUGAUGCAUUGAUAUGAUGAUCUCAGUUCUUUCAUAUAAGUCCUAUUACCGAGCUGGUUAAUUUGAUAUUCAGUCAUUUUCUUUCAGUUGUUAUUUCCUUUCAUUGUAAUUUCAGUGUUUGGAAUUGACAUCAAUAAACGACCUCUAUUUCCUGUAA